UUUCCAAAGUUGGUUGGUCAGUCCAAGAGUAAGAGUGUGGAGAAGAGAAGAGAAGAGAAGAGCUAGAGCAGCAGCAUCGGAUUGAUCUCAGAGUCAUGGGACUCGCCGUCCCACAUCUCCUCACUCUCCUCCUCCUCUCCUUCUCUCUCAUCUUCUGUCCCGUCCUUGCCGACUCCCACUUCGAAGGCUUUGAAGACGCCGACGACAUCGAGGACGACUUGGACUCCUCCUCACUCCCUCUCACCCCCACCCAAACACUCCUCACCGCCACCUCCCAACCCGACCCGGAUCCCCUCCCCGAUUCCGAAUCUCCCAAACCCUCCGCUUCCGCCUCCGGCUUCGAGUACUGGGACGAGGACGAGUUCGAAGGCCUACCACCAGACCACCCUCCAACCCUAAAACACGAUGCUGAUGACGAUGAUAAAGCCGCUCCCUCUCCCUCUCCCGAUUCGGAUUCGGAUCCGGAUCCGAAACCCUCGGGUUCUCCUCCGCCUGGUUUUAGAUCUUACACGGUGGAGAUCGCCUGCGGAGGGUUCUUGAUCGUUUUCAUCGUCAACUACUUGACCGGAAAGCGCGUCAACGAGAACAUCGCCCUGGCGUGGGCGACGAAAUACGCGACCAAGGAGUCGAUUUUCGACAAUAACUUCAGCCUCCUGGGCGUGGGCGACGGCGACGACUCGCCUCUGCUGCUCAAGGAAGGCCAGAACGUGUUCAAAUUCUACGCCAGCGGCCGGAGGUGCUGCCAGGGCCUCUUGGCCACCAUGGAGCUCAAGAGCCGCCACGAUUUGAUCUCCUCGAUUUUCAACCUGGUGAUUCCGACGACGAGGGACGAGAUUAAUUUCGAGGUGUAUAUGAAUGAUGACGCCAUGGACCACGUGGUGUUCGCUGUGGCCAGGAAGAAGGCUGCCAAGGCAAUGCAGAAGGAGGUCCCUGACUUGCACAAGUUCGCCACUGUGCUUCCUCCUCCUAGUGGCAGGAAGUGGGUUUCCGACGACUUGGCGGUUAUCUCCGAGUCCAAAGAGGUCGCUGGCGAUUUAAUCACUGAGGCUGUUCUUGAUCAGGUUUUUGGAGAUAAAGCUUUUCAGAAAUUUGGAAAGAAUUUCAUAUAUAUGCAUUUUUCAGAUCAACAUCCAGGGCCUACAAACAAAAAGAUGCUACUGUUUAAGUUUGCUCUACCUGAUGCUGAUAGCAUGGCUGAUAUGACUCGUUUGGUGGCUUUGAUACCUUACUAUAUUGAUUUGAUUGGUCGGUACAAGCUAAGCAGCCAGGCCCGGUCCAAAACAGAAGCAAUCAGAUCAAAGGCUGCUCUAGAGGCAUACAAAGAACUCCAGAACACUAGGCAAGAAGCUUUGCAAAGAAAGAAGGCAGAAAGGAAAAAAAUGAUGGAGGAGGCUGAGGCUAAGCUUAGUGCAGAGAGUAUACGCAAGAAGGAAGCAAAGGAGCGUGCCCGUCAAAUGAAGAAGGCAAUGCCAAAAAUGAAAAUGACCCGUGCCGGCUAAUUGUUAUAGUUUACUUGUUAAUGGUACCUCUGCGUUUUCUUUUCUUCAACAUCUCCAUGGUAUUUCAGUUGGCACUUUUUGCCUUAAGUUUUGCUUCUGAAUCUUUGUAAGUUGUAUUCUAAAUGUUUGGAGUUAGCUUCUUAGAUUUGGAACAUAUUAAUUCUGUGCCAUAGAUGUAAGGUUUCUGGG